AUGGCUCCGCUUACCAGCUCAGACUCCGCAGAGAAAAAGGCCCAGGAGCCAAAUACAGUCCGUUUUGCCUCACAGAACCAGGAGAUCGAACCACCGCAGAACCUGCUGUCGUCCAGUGGCUCCCCAGACACAAUUGUCAAGGGAAAUGUCGGUCCUGCACCCGCAGGCCCAGGUGGUGAAUUCAUACCAUUUGAUUCUGCGUUCCAGAAAUCCAGGCUUCAGGAAACCAGACUGCACAACUUUGCAUUUGACCCGGUGUCUCUGCCUGCUUCGAGGGCUCCCUCUCGAGAUUCUAGUAUCCGUGAUUUCAACAGAUCAAUAGCAAUAUCUCCUCCUCCAUCCCAGCCCCAAUCUCCUGCCUUUGGGCCUAUCGACUUACCAGAACACCCGAAAGAUGGACAUAACCGCGCUUUACUGGAGACCACAGAGAUGACACCUGAAGCCUCUUCUUCCAGCGAGCGACCCUCUAAGCAUUAUGUCAAGAAUCAACCUUCCUUUUCCUCAUCCAGGCCUUCCUCUCCCUCUACAGCACCCUCAACACGUCCAGUUUCAGGACAUAGCAAUGCUUCUUCUGCACCAAAACUUUCAAAUAUAAACCGUGGAAAGUUCUUCGUCGGUCCCUCAGAAGAGAGUCCUCCAGGAACCCCUAGAUUCGAAGUCAAACGGCCUGCCUCUCCGCUUCUAGGGUCAGGCACAAUCACCCCUCUAGGAGACGAGAAUGACCCGUAUGCCCGGGACAAGAGACCUCCGCAAACCAAAAACUUGGCGAAUCUCGAUCAGAGAUUCAUUUUUGGAGGCGUUGAUGCCAAACGCCGCCCACAUAAAUCACAUUCCACCACUUCACUAUCAACACACAACAUUCCGCGCUCUGCUCAUUCAUCCGAAACCAAGGAUCACCACCAUCAUAAACACCCCCACAUCUUUGGUGGCAAGAAAGAUCGGCAUCACGAUGAUAAAUUUGAUGCUAAACAUUCCGGCUCGAUGUCCGAGCUAAGACGCUUCUUCAGAAUAGACCGCAAGCACAAACGUGGGGAAUCACCAUCUUCCAUGAAGUCUUCCAGAUCCUCCAUAAAACAUAUUCCAUUCCAGUCUACUGCUCCCAGCGUGCCGUUUGCAGAUGACCAUGGUUUGCAAUCCAAGUACGGAAAGCUAGGUAAAGUUUUGGGUGCAGGUGCCGGAGGUUCUGUCAGGCUGCUCAAACGUAGCUCGGAUGGAGUAACUUUUGCCGUCAAACAGUUCAGGGAGAAACAUUCCUGGGAAUCGGAGAGGGAGUACGCAAAGAAAGUGACAGCAGAAUUUUGCAUUGGCUCUACCUUGCACCACGGAAACAUCAUCGAGACCCUGGACAUUAUUCGCGAAAACGGCAAUUGGUAUGAGGUUAUGGAAUUUGCUCCUUACGAUCUCUUUGCCAUUGUUAUGACUGGGAAGAUGACAAGAGAAGAGAUCUCUUGCGCGUGGCUUCAGAUUGUGAACGGAGUCAGUUAUCUUCAUAGCAUGGGCUUGGCUCAUCGAGAUCUGAAACUGGAUAAUGUCGUUGUCAACGACAAAGGCAUUAUGAAGUUGAUAGAUUUCGGUAGCGCGGUAGUAUUCAGGUACCCUUUCGAGACGGGAACUGUUCAAGCCACAGGUGUUGUUGGGUCAGAUCCAUACUUGGCUCCUGAGGUUUACGAUAAUAAAAAAUACGACCCUUGUGCAGCAGACAUGUGGUCUUUGGCGAUAAUAUUUUGUUGCAUGAUUCUCCGUCGAUUCCCAUGGAAACAGCCCAAGGAAGAGGAUAAUUCAUUCAAACUGUUCAUUGCUGAGCCAUCCCCCAAUACCCCACCACCGGAAGAAUUUGGCAAUCCUUCUAGAGGUCGACCGAGAUCCGUGGCUGGAGAACCAGGCACUCACUCCAUGCCAAAUGGAAACAAAGGCGACGGCCACCAUCACCGCCGUAGAUCGGAUAACAAAGAAUACCUAAAACACGAGCAUGCCGCCAAUGACCCCAAGGAUGAAUCUUCUGCAAAGGGGGCUGCCGGCACAGAGAAACAGCCAGCUACUGGCCAACGUCAAGAACCUAUUAAAGGGCCUUGGCGGCUAUUGCGAGUUCUACCUAGGGAAUCCCGUCUUCUAAUCAGCCGCUUGCUAAAGCUUGACCCCAGGGAGCGUGCAACUUUACAGGAUGUAUUGGAUAACGAGUGGGUAAGGAGCUGUGAAGUCUGUAGGCAGGAAGAGUCUGGCCAGACUAUUAAUGCUCCUGGACACACUCACAUUCUUGAGCCUCCUAGUCCGCCACCGGCUAAGAAAUAA